AUGAACCUGGCCCACACCACUGUGCUCCUGUGGGUGUGGGGCAGUCUCCAGAGCUUUGAAAUUGUAGAGAAGGAGAACAUUUUUCAGAAAACUCCUUGCCCAGCUUUCUUGAUGUUUGACAAUGCAGCUUACCUGGCCGAUAUGAGCUUUGAGCUUCCUUGCCACUGCAAGCCUGAGGAGGUAUCAGCUGUGGUCUGGUACUACCAGAAGCACCUAGGCAGCAGCCACACCAAAGUGCUGACUGACUUUGAUGGGCGGGUGCUGACGGAGGCGGCUCACGUGCGCGUGGGGAGUGACAUGCUAGUCCGCUUUAGUAUCCGCAUGUUCAGCCUGCUGGUUUUCCGGGCCCAGCCCGAGGACUCAGGCUUGUAUUUUUGUGGCUCCCGUAAGGGGGACUACUUUUAUGCCUAUGACGUGGACAUCCAGAGUAAUGAAGGGAUGGUGGCCACCUUCCAGGAUGAGGACCAAGAGCCCUUUGAAGAUGAGUACCAUGGGGACCUCCAUGUCUUCACUACUUUCUGGGAGUGGACCCCCUGUGAUCGCUGUGGGGUACGUGGGGAGCAGUGGCGCAUUGGCCUCUGCUACCUACAGAGCCCAGGCCUCUCCCCACGUUACCGCAAGACGCUGCCCAAUGUGGUGUCCUGUGGUUCGCAGGCUGUGCCAAAGAAACUGUGGACCAUAGCCAGGGCCCACACACCUGAGCUGCUGGUUCGGAGCUGCAUAGUGUCCUGUGAGAAGAGGAAGACGAUCCGCGAGGGCCUGCUGGCCAUUUUCAACUACGUGUCUAAAGUGGGCAGCCGGCCCUGGGUGCCCCAGGUGCCCAUUCAGUUCCACCAGCAGAGGCUGGGGCAUGGACUCAUCAUCUCCUGCCCUGGUGCCCGGCCAGAGCAUGCUGUGGCUUGGGACAAAGACGGCCAGCACCUAUACCGCACACACUAUCUGAAGGGCGUCAACAGGUCUAUGCGGGUGUUCAUUGACCAUGGCAACCAGCUCCACAUCCGUUUCACCCAGCUGAGUGACCGAGGCAUCUACUAUUGUUGGCGGCAGGGAGUGCAGAUCGCCGGGUUCCGGCUGGCUGUGAAAUCCCGUGGCCAUUACCAUGUCUCCUUCUCAGACCCGGAGACUCGCUCUGUCCUCCAGCUCACCCUGAUAGGCUACCUGCUUAUCACAGCAGUCUUUGUGUCUAUUCACCUCUUCCGUUGCUGCUGUUACGUAUUUCGCUGUUGUCCCAACUUCUCCCCCUAG